GGCUCGCCAUAUUGUGUCGCUCGCUGAGGCGGAGAGGCGGCGUCGGCGGCGGUGGGAAAAGCGGGCUGGGGCGGCCGCUGUCGACUCGCCUCAGCCCUGGCUGCCGGGAGAGGAGGAGGCGGCGGCGGCGCCGACGGCGGCAACGACGACGGGCGAGAGAGCCGAGCCGCGGGGAGGGAGCGGGCCGGACACCGAGAGGCGGCGAGCAGCGGGGCCGCCAUGUCUCAGGCUGUGCAGACAAAUGGAACGCAGCCUUUGAGCAAAACAUGGGAGCUCAGCUUGUAUGAACUUCAAAGAACACCUCAGGAAGCAAUAACAGAUGGCUUGGAAAUAGUGGUGUCACCACGAAGCCUCCACAGUGAGCUGAUGUGUCCCAUUUGUUUGGAUAUGUUGAAGAACACCAUGACUACUAAGGAAUGCCUGCAUCGUUUUUGUGCUGAUUGUAUCAUCACAGCCCUGAGAAGUGGGAACAAAGAAUGCCCUACUUGCCGUAAAAAGCUUGUUUCUAAGAGGUCACUGAGACCGGACCCAAACUUUGAUGCCCUUAUCAGUAAAAUUUAUCCAAGUCGUGAUGAAUAUGAAGCCCACCAGGAGAGAGUUCUAGCAAGGAUCAGUAAGCACAAUAACCAGCAGGCUCUGAGCCACAGCAUUGAGGAGGGUCUGAAAAUCCAGGCCCUGAACAGGUUACAGAGAGGCAAGAAGCAACCGAUCGAGAAUGGCAGUGGAGCAGAAGACAAUGGUGACAGCUCGCAUUGUAGUAAUGCUUCAACUCACAGUAAUCAAGAAGCUGGGCCAAGUAACAAAAGGACAAAAACCUCCGAUGAUUCUGGGCUAGAAUUGGAUAAUAAUAAUACGACAGUUGCCAUAGACCCAGUAUUGGAUGGUGCAAGUGAAAUAGAACUAGUUUUCCGACCCCAUCCUACACUAAUGGAAAAUGAUGACAGUGCACAGACAAGGUACAUAAAGACCUCUGGCAAUGCCACAGUUGAUCACUUGUCCAAGUACCUAGCUGUGAGAUUGGCCUUGGAAGAACUCCGAAGCAAAGGAGAGUCAAAUCAGAUGAAUCUUGAAACAGCCAGUGAGAAGCAGUACACAAUUUAUAUUGCUACAGCUAAUGGCCAGUUUACUGUUUUAAAUGGCUCCUUUUCCUUGGAGCUGGUCAGUGAAAAGUACUGGAAAGUGAAUAAGCCCAUGGAGCUGUACUAUGCACCAACAAAGGAACACAAAUAAGACUGACAAAGGCUUUGAGUUGGAACUGUAAUGGCUUUUAUAGCUUUGGUUUACUUUAAAUAAGCGAAACACCAUCUUCUGCAUCGUGGAGAACUGCUUCGAGACUUGGAUUCCUUGAUGAAUACCCUUAUUAUUAGGCAGUAUUUGGUGUGAUAUUUGUAUAUAUUUCCCUGCCCCCUGGAGGACUGAAUGAUCUGUACAUUCCACCAUUGCUGUCCAAUCUGCUUUUUUGAUUUGGUAGCUCUUGUUCCAUGUGCACGAUCUUAGGUGCAGCAAAGAUUCCCUAGGGAUAUGUGUUCAUGCUGACAAGACUUCACAUUGGCAGACAUGUACUAGCACCUUGAGAAGUGUUGACAAGAGGCAACAGAGUUGGUUGUAACGUACUCUUUUCCCUACAGCAAUGUUAAAGCACAUAUGGCCAGAGUAGGCUUGCUGAUAAACUGGCUACCUGUGAUGCUAAAGGAACUGCUGAUGCUGGGGGCCAGAAGGGAUAUUCACGGCAGUAAGUGAACUCUUACACGUUGUUCGUGUAAUGAGUUGUUCCAUUUGUUAAAUUUAAAUAGCUACUUGUAACACCAGUUUGUUUCCACAUAGGCAGCAAACCAGGGAAUGCAUACUUUCCCAUCAGCCCUGGUGCAAUUCUUCUUUCUCUGCCUUUCUUAAGUUAGGGUAACCAGAAACACACUUCACAUUAAGAGAACCAUAGUUAACUUUAACAAAGGUUAAUUUUGGUGUUAAUGUACUGAUUAACAGUUCAGGAGUGAGGGGGAGGGACUGUAGAUUUCUGAGGCUGGCUCACAAUUCCACUGUGCUGUGUGAAGCUAAUGUUAUAAUAUAUGCAUUGGCCUAUUAAGAGGAAAACCAUGAGUACUGAUACAUUUUAGAACUAGUAACCCUUGCUACUAGCUCAGGUGGUUUCAAUAUCAAGUAACUAACUAAAGUAUGGCAAACAUCCCUCUAUACCCGCACACCUUAUAAAUAUGUGGGAUUAUUGAUGUGGAAUCUUCAGUGUUUUAAAGUCAAAGGCACAAAAUCUUUUGCAGAACAAUGAGAGAGAAAGUUCUUCAGAAAUAUUAUUUAUUAGCCAUAUUAACAACACUUGGCACUUACAAUCUUAAUAAAUAAAAUGUAUUUGCAUUUUUAAAUUUCACUUGGGCAUGCUUUCAGUUGUUGGUUGCUGUGUGCAUCAGUAGUUUAUCAUUUUGAGCAUAAUUAUCAUAAACGGUGGUACCUCCGGUUAAGAAUUUAAUUUGUUUCGGAGGUCCUUUCUCAACCCAAAACCGCUCGUAACAUGAGGUGCGCUUUCACUAAUGGCGCCUGUCAGUGCACGACUUCCGCUCACAUCCCGGGGCAAAAGUAGCAACCGGGAGCAUCUACUUCCGGGUUAGCGGAGCUCGUAACACGCAGCGUUCACAAGGGGGAUGAUACAUAAUGCAAUGUUCCACUGUAGUGAAGAAUGCCACCAUUCUGUAAGGACGAAGAUCACUUUCUUCCACUGUAAUCCUUCCUUUCCCACUGCAGUAUAUAGAUAUUUGCCUUUUGUAUUGGGAAAGGGAAUGUUCCUAAUUAGGGUUGAACUUCAAAAUUGCACACUCAAGUGUCUUGCUUUCCCUUAAUAUACUGGCCUUUUAGGAAGACCUUAGGAGGAAACAUGGCUUUCUGCUCUUAACUUUCUUUUAGCACUCCCAUAGGAGAAAACUGUCGUAAAAUGCUCCUGUUAUGAAUAUCUCUUCAAUAUCAGACAUUCCGAAAUUAUGCUAGCAGUAUGUGCCAUGAAUCUUACAGUUACUAGAAGUCUGGGGUGGGAAGGGAAGUUGUACCAUGCCUGUUUUGGUUUUGUUCAGUAUAUUUGGUGUAAUGUACAAUUUAUAUAGAUUGCUAGUGCAUGUCCACUAAAUAUAAUCAGGUUUGUUUUUAUGUGAAAAAAAAUGCUUUUGUAUGGGCAAGUACCUGCAGAGAAACAAAUCUGCAUUGUGAUUUACCCUGUAAGCAGAUGAAGUGUCUGUAAAAUUCUGAAAGCUUAUCUACCUAGGGGAUGUGUGGUGGUCCCAGCUUAGUGUGGGAGAAUGUGAAUUUUUACUUCCAUGUUACAGUGAAUUCACUAAGUAUUUAUAUUUACUUUAAUACAUAAAGUAGCUGUUUUGAUCAAA